ACGUGCGCAUGGAGAAGAGGAAGAGGAGAAGGCCGAAUUUGACUGAGUUUGCUGCGAAGAAACAAAAACAGUCUGUUCGAUCAUGGCAAAGUUUGCACAAGAGGAUAUAUUUAACAAACCAAGUGUUUGAGCAGUGGUCCUUAUUGAAAGCAACAGGAACAUUCUCAAGUGAUUCUGUUCUUGCUUCCCAUCUUAUAUCCUUGGAAUUUCGCCGGAGAGACAGGUACAAAUAUUGUGCUGCUGGUUCAGAUAACAAAAGAGAUGAUGCAAAGCCCAGAAAGAAUAAGCUGAAAAAUCAAGCUUGGAACAGGAGGUGUUCAACACCUAAAAAAGAAAUCGAACAAGAACCAAGGACUCACCAAAGUCCUAUCUUGACCAGAGAUCAGCAAAUUGCUUCUGAUGAUACACUUAUUGUUGAUAUUGAGAACAUUUCUGUUUCCAUUGACAAGACAGGAAAUGUGACAAUUUUGAACUCUGACUCAGAAAGUGAUGAUGGCUCUGAUGCAAUUUCAAUAAGUAGCACAGUAUCUGGAGACAUUGCUUCAUUUGAAGAUGACAAGAAAUGGUAUGUGAAAGAGGCUGUUGACCAGAUAAAUGCAUUUGAAGAUGGUGAUGAUGAUUCGACAAUUUCCAUAGGUGUUGAUGACACAAAUGACUUAGCAAAUUGGGUAAAGGAGCAGAAUGAUUUAGACGACAUUCAAUAUCAAAGUGAUGAGGAAGAUGAUGUACAGUUAAAUGAAGACACUGAUGAAGAAUUUGUCAUUAUCACAGAUGAUGCAGAGAGCUCUGUUUCACGUCUAGAUGACUUGUCAAUGACAUUAGAAUCACAGGAAUGCACCAGUUUUGCCCAUGUUGGAGUGCAAACAUCCACAUUGCCCCCAGUUAUAAGCAGGCCAAUAUACCAACCUACAUUUGGCCCACAUGACUUCUUUUCAAUGCCGUGGAAAGAAGAUGAUUACCCAGAGGAACUUGCUGUAAUCAAUGAUAAGAAAGUAUUAAUUUCUGUUGACCUCCUAAAACAGCUAUUCCAAGGGGUUUGUGGUGUAAAUGGAUGCCUUCUUGAAAAGAAAGUGGAUGUGACUUUUUGUGGCACAAGUGCAACAGUAACAUAUGAAUGUACAAGUAAGCACCGUGGACAGUUCUGUACUUCCAAUAAAGUAAGAGGUCUUAUUGCUAACAACAUUCAGGUGAUGUCAGCAAUCCUUAUUUCGGGAAACAUUUACUCGAAGAUUGAGAAGUUGUGUAAGUUUGCUGGGAUCAACCUGUUGUGCAAAAGUACUUUUACCAAAUAUCAGUCAAAGUACAUGGUGCCAGUUAUAGAAGAAUGGUGGAAAUGUUUGACAGAUGAAAUCAAGUUAAAUAUAAAGGAGCCAUGCAAACUUGCUGGAGAUGGUCAGUGUGAUUCUCCCGGGUUUUCUGCAAAAUACUUGUCAUAUUAUCUUCAGGAUAUGGAUACAGACCUUAUUGUCAGGGGCGGAUCCAGGCAUUCUUACAGUUCUUACAGAAGGCAGUCGAAUUGCUAG